GAACGCGCACCCCGAGCCUUACGUCACUGAAGCGCCCUGGCUCGGGGAUCUACUGGUAGUGCUGGCAAUAGAGGAGAAAAAAAUCAACUGCUCCGAAAAGAGGCAUUUUCUAUCGGUUGUAACGGUUCCUCAACGGAUAACGGUUAUAUCUGACGCCGGAUACGGAUAAUUGACAUAACUGGACUAACCGGAUUUAUGAGAAGAAGAUCAUUGCCUCAUCCCAGGACCCAUGGACUAAAUGGAUGUUAAAACCACCUUACUAGCCAAGUUGACCAAUCAGCAUCGUCCAAUCAUCCAGGAAAUACAGGAUCUUUGAACAUGAACAAUCUAUUCCUCUCCUUCAGCUAAGACCGACUGCCAGUCAGUAACCACAUAGUGUAACUCUCUGUAUCAGGACACUGUAGUCCAUAUCUAUUGGAGGAUCACUGAGUCCACUGAGUCUCAGUAUCUCACCUUUAGCCCCUCACCCCCAGCCCUUGACCCUUAACCCCUGACUCCUGACCAUGUACGGCAGCUCCCGCUCCGUUGCCAAGAUGGAGGGCAACAACGGCAGCAGUCAGAGUCCCGGACGCUCCCCCUGCCUGCCCCGCUCCCCGCGCCUCGGCCACCGUCGCACCAACAGUACAGGAGGCCCCGGGGGAAAGACCCUCUCCAUGGAGAACAUCCAGUCUCUGAACGCCGCCUAUGCCACCUCCGGACCCAUGUACCUCAGUGACAACGAGGUCAUCUCUCAACAGACCCAGGCCUAUCCCAACCCCAACCACGACCCUAGCCUGCCCAAGAGCACCAUGACCCUGGGUCGCUCCGGAGCAAAGCUCCCUUAUGGCGUCCGGACAACCGCCAUGGGCUCCAACCCCAACAUCAGCCAGGGAGGUGGAGGCUCGUCCAUGCCCAGUGACAGCAUCGCGUUUGGGUGUGACCACGUGUCCUCGUCCCAGUCCAGCCUCCAGCAGGCGUCCACGGUGCCUCACUCCUUACGCCAAACCAGAGACAACACCAUCAUGGACCUCCAGACCCAGCUGAAGGAGGUGCUGAGGGAGAACGCGCUCCUCCGGGAGGAGGUGGAUACGAAGGAGAGCAAGCUGAGCUCAUCCAUGAACUCCAUCAAGACCUUCUGGAGCCCCGAGCUGAAGAAGGAGAGAGCCCUGAGGAAGGACGAGGUGUCCAAGAUCUCCGUCUGGAAGGAGCAGUACAGAGUGGUGCAGGACGAGACUCAGGUACGAUCCUGGAGUCACUGGCAGUACAUGUAGUCAGACUGGAAGGAGUGUGAAGUCAUUCAGGUGGGAUGCAGAGACUUGCUUGGAAGUUGGAAGGUUGGUCCUAAGGGAACCUAAGGGUUCUAACCAUUGGGUCAGUUGUUGGUGGUUCUGCAUGGUGUUGUGACCCUGGUCGAAGGUGAAGAGGUCAGACUGAGUUGUAUAAGCUGUUAGUGCUGUUGUUGUCUCUUCCAUAUUUAGCUCACAGUCAGCUAGAGAUCUGCCUUCCGCCUGUUUCCCCUCCGGCUGUGUGAGCGUGUGAUCGUGUGACGUCGGUCAGUGAGCAGCUGGUUCGCCUGUCUGCUGAGUUGGAUAAAUCCGGGGGAUCUGUCUGGGCAGAUUUGAUCCCGCAAGGCUUGAUCACAACCUCUUAUUGGGAAGACAAUUUUGAGAUGGUAUCCUAAUUCUGUAGUGAAGGAUGGAACCAGUUUGAUCUAAUUCUGUAGUGAAGGAUGGAACCAGUUUUAUCUAGUUCUGUAGUGAAGGAUGGAACCAGUUUGAUCUAACCUGUCAUCUAGCUCAGAAACCAGGUGUGACUUCCAGUCCUACCUGUCCUGUAUCCCAUCUAACCUGUCAUCUAGCUCAGAAACCAGGUGUGACUUCCAGUCCUACCUGUCCUGUAUCCCAUCUAACCUGUCAUCUAGCUCAGAAACCAGGUGUGACUUCCAGUCCUACCUGUCCUGUAUCCCGUCUAACCUGUCAUCUAGCUCAGAAACCAGGUGUGACUUCCAGUCCUACCUGUCCUAUAUCCCAUCUAACCUGUCAUCUAGCUCAGAAACCAGGUGUGACUUCCAGUCCUGCCUGUCCUGUAUCCCAUCUAACCUGUCAUCUAGCUCCGAAACCAGGUGUGAUUUCCAGUCCUACCUGUCCUGUAUCCCAUCUAACCUGUCAUCUAGCUCAGAAACCAGGUGUGACUUCCAGUCCUACCUGUCCUGUAUCCCGUCUAACCUGUUCUAAAACCGAAAGGUUGCUGUGGGCAUUUGAUCUGAUGACAGGUUAGACGGGAUACAGGACAAUGUAGGACUGGAAGUCACACAUUUUUAUUUAUUUCACUUUUAUUUAACCAGGUAGGCCAGUCGAGAACAAGUUCUCAUUUACAACUGUGACCUGGCCAAGAUAAAGAAAAGCAGUGCGACACAAACAACAACACAGAGUUACACAUGGAAUAAACAAACGUACAGUCAAUAACACAAUAGAAAGAAAAACAAAUAGAAAAAAUAUAUAUUUACAGUGAGUGCAUGAGGUAGGAUAAGGGAGGUAAGGCAAUAAAUAGACCAUAGUGGCGGAAUAAUUACAAUUGAGCAAUUAAACACUGAUGUGCAGAUGUGCAGAAGAUGAAUGUGCAAGUAGAGAUACUGGGGUGCAAAAGAGCUAAAUCAAUAAACACCUGGUUUCUUCCCUGAUGCCAAAAGCAGAACUUCUUAGUUCUGCCUUUAGUUGUAGAUGUAUCUGACUAGUUUUCUCCUGUUGUUGUAAUGGCUGCUGUUCUGGAGGGACCAUGAUGAACCUGGUAAUUGUGUUUAUUUACACGCCACCUGUAAAAAUAGAGGGGGAACGGGGAUAGAUACCUGGUCAGUUGUCCAACUGAAUGCAUUCAACUGAAUUGAGUCUUCCUCAUUUA